GUUGGUUUUUUAGGCAGUUGUUCUGGGAGACUUCUGUAUAUUUAACACUAUUUUGGGGGGUGGGAAGAGGAAGAAUGACAAAGGUCUUUCAACGGAGCGGUUGUAAACAUGAACGGGUCCCUCUACAUUUCGUUUUUCCAAGGUCAGCUGGAGUCCGCACUGGAGCAGGUUGUGCAGCUCGCCGUUCAGGAAAUCACCAAGACUGUUGGGGCCACUUUGAAUUCAAUGCUAUUGGAAACAGCCACCAAAGAGCAGGAAAAUCAGCGUUUAAGGGCAACCCUUCAGUCUCGGGAGCUAGAAUACAGAGGGAACGGGAAAAGCAAUGCGUCUAAAAGAAAAACAGACGCGAACGAUGGAACAAAGCAACACACCCCCAGUCAGAGCUCUGAAUGUGGCGAUCAGUCUGAAACGCUCAGGCGUGAGCAGAAAGGGCGAGCAGUUGGUCAGUUAAAAUCUGUUAUGGAAAGAGUGCUGGAAUUUGCCGUUUGUGAGCUGACCAAAAUUGUGGAAGACAGCUUUGACGACCUGCUCUUGGAGUUCACCAAGAAGGAGCGGGAAAACCAGAUACUGAAAGACCAGCUACAGGAAAAGAACAUGGUGGCAACCAGUGACGUGGUUGCUGUGGUACUGGAAGACUUUGAAAAUGACUCCGCCUCUCCAAGCAGUUCCAAAGUAGAAAAGCAAGAGUCGAAAGGCCUUCAGGACCAAUCACCCAAAAAAGGGUGGGAAAAGGAUCAAACUGAGCCCACCAAUGAACCAGACAAGCAGACUGUCAUUACAGUGGCUCAAGACUGGGUGCCCAUCCUGGACAAAGUCUUUGGGCAGAAGUGGUGCAGUGACUUCUGGCAAAUCAAAGAGGUCACCACCAGUAUGGAGGAGCGCACCGAGCUGAGCUCGGGCUCGGUAACUAACAUGGACAGCCUAAUCAGAGAGACGCUCAUGCCGUCUUGCUUGGCCACUCAAAGGAAACUGGAGCUUGAGGUGGGGCAGCCGCCCUGGUUGCAGGUAGACGAUAUGGAGGUCGUUUCUCUAUCCUCAAACACACAAGGCGUUCCUGUUGUCAGCUCCACAGGCGACAACUCUCAAAUCAGAUCCCCGUCUAUGUUGCAAAGACUCCUGACGCUUCCAUCCCAGCUGCUCGAGGAUGACGAAGAGUCCAUGGAUGCUGUUCCCAGUCAAGAAGUGUCCGUGGACCCAGCUGAUUCGCAAGUCGGCAAAGGUUCAAAGAGUAACCAGGCGAAUAAGAAAAAAGAAAAAGUGGAGGAUGAAAAUGAGGUGGACGACGAAGAUGACGACGAGACGAUGGGCAGGUGCGAGUCCUCCAAGCCCAAAGGUAGGAGGAAAUCCCAUGCUUGCAAAGAGUGUGGCAGAAAGUUCAGCCGACCGCAUCUUCUCAGAGCUCACCGGCAAACGCACGAGGAGGCGCUCAACCAAUGCCCAGAAUGUGGGAAGAGUUUCUCCCAGUCUUCAAGGCUUCAGGCUCACUUACGGACGCACACGGACAAAACAAUAUGAGAGCGUGUAGAUGGAGCAAAUUCAGGGGAAAUUUAGCAAAUGGAAAGGGAUGUUUUCAAAUGUUUGUUGCUUUUCAGAGUCAGACUUGCAAAUUCAUUUCAAGUAGGGAUGCUCCGAUCAGGAUUUUUUGCAGCCGAUACCGACUACCGAUUGAUAUCAUUAUCAGCAGAUCCUGAUCAUUUAAGCUUUAUAGAAGUGAUAUGUACGCUCUCUGUUGACUGUCAUUGUUAACUUUUUUUUUUUUCAGAUAAAGUAAUACCACAGA